AUGGCCCCCACGUCCGACCAGCGAAGGCAGCAGACCCAGGCGGCGCUGCACGCAGUCCACAACCGCCGCACCCGCCUCCCCUCCAUCGACUUCACGUCCUACACGAACGAGGAGGGCAUCACGCACAACACAAAGACACGCAUAGUCCGCGAGGUCCAGGCGCCCGCGUUCCAGAAGCCGACAGACGACCAGUUCUACUCUGACGAGACGCGCACAAAGCCCAACGUCGCCUUCCUGAAGAACCACUUUUACCGCGAGGGUCGCUUGACCGACGAGCAGGCCCUCUUCAUCAUCCAAGAGGCGAGCAAGAUCUUGCGCGAGGAGCCCAACUUGCUCGAGGUCGAUGCUCCCAUCACAGUGUGCGGCGACAUCCAUGGGCAGUAUUUCGACUUGAUGAAGCUGUUCGAGGUGGGAGGGAACCCGGCGGACACGCGGUACCUGUUCUUGGGAGAUUACGUCGACCGUGGCUACUUUUCCAUCGAGUGCGUGCUGUACUUGUGGGCGCUCAAGAUCUGGUACCCGAAGACGCUCUUCCUCCUGCGAGGGAACCACGAGUGCCGCCACUUGACCGACUACUUCACCUUCAAGCUUGAAUGCAAGCACAAGUACUCGGAAGAGGUCUACAACGCCUGCAUGGAGUCGUUCUGCACCCUCCCGCUCGCCGCCGUCAUGAACAAGCAGUUCCUCUGCAUCCACGGCGGUCUCUCGCCUGAGCUCAACACUCUCGACGACUUGCGCGCCAUCAACCGCUUCCGUGAACCCCCGACCCACGGCCUCAUGUGCGACAUCCUCUGGGCCGACCCGCUCGAAGAGUUCGGCAACGAGAAGAACAACGAUGGUUUCGUGCACAAUCACGUUCGAGGGUGCUCGUACUUCUUCACCUACACGGCAGCAUGUCAGUUCCUCGAGCGCAACGGGCUGCUGAGUAUCAUCCGAGCACACGAGGCGCAGGACGCCGGCUACCGCAUGUACCGCAAGACCAAGACGACCGGCUUCCCCUCCGUUAUGACCAUCUUCUCCGCUCCCAACUACCUCGACGUCUACAACAACAAGGCCGCCGUGCUCAAGUACGAGAACAACGUAAUGAACAUUCGCCAGUUCAACUGCUCGCCUCACCCGUACUGGUUGCCCAACUUUAUGGACGUCUUCACGUGGAGUUUGCCGUUCGUGGGCGAGAAGAUCACCGAUAUGCUCAUCGCCAUGCUCGGCAUCUGCACGCAAGAAGAGCUCGACGAGGAAGAGGAGGAGAUGGAGGAGGAACCUGCCGAGGGUGCGGUCGUCGAGGAGAUCGAGCCUGAAGCGACCGAGGAGGAGCUGGCGGAGCGCAGGGCGGCCAUCAAGAGCAAGAUUCUCGCGGUCGGCAAGAUGUCGAAGAUCUUCUCGGUUCUCCGAGAGGAGUCGGAAACUGUCUCGGAGCUCAAGAACGUCUCGGGCACGACCAAGCUUCCCUACGACACGCUCGCGAAUGGCGCCGACGGUAUCAAGAACUCGAUUACGACGUUCAAGGACGCGCGCAAGUCCGACAUCGACAACGAGCACCUCCCGCCCGACCUCAUCGACCCCGAAGACUUCGACGCCGUCGCUGCCGCUGCCGCCAGUUCGGGCGACGAGGGUCUCUCCGGCUCAGACGUGUUUGGAGAUGUUCUCCCUACCGGUCCCGCCUCGACUGCACCCACCUCUCCCGACCUUGCUGGUGCCGCGUCACCCGACUUUGGCGCGAGGGAGCCUGGCUCGCCGAUGGUCGAGACGCCCACGAGCGAGAAGGAUUCGCCUAUGGGGUCUGGUUCGCCCUCGCCCGUCGGCAGCCCCGUCGUUGGAGCAGACGGGUCGGCGCCGUUCAGGCGACACCACCGCCGCCAGAGCUCCUUGGGCACGACGCGCACGAGUCCGUCGACGCGCCGCAGGAGUCUCGAGAACACGAUCAGCAUGAUCCGCGAGGCGAUGAGCAAGGACGACAAGUCGAUGGAGGAGCUCGCGGAGAAGGUGGCUGGGAACGAGUCGCCGCGGUCCCCCUCGUCGCCCCGCAACUCGGUCGUCGCAGCUCGCUCGCCUCCCGCCAGCCCCAGCCCUGCUCGCUGA